UCGAAAACGUCGUUCAUGCGCACUUGUAUUCACAUUUCCAUCGAAGUUUUCGCUUAAGCGAAUUGGUAGCUCCGUUUCUACUUUUCGCGAAGCGAUUGGCAGUUCGAACUGUUUCUACAUUUUGCGAUGCGGAAAAAUGUGGUCAACCAAUCAGAGCUCAGGAACCAAAUAAAUUAUCCUAGCAGAAAACAGUCUUUAGAGUUGGCCUCUGUGCUGGAUUGUGAAAAAUGAAAGUGCUUAAGUAGGUAACUACAGGAAAGGCUGUACUUAGAUUGUGAAAAAGAAAACAACUUUGAGCAGACAACUAAGCAAGACUGUGCUGGAUUGUGAAGAAAGAAAGGGCUUUGUAGCAGGUUUAAUUUAAGUAUCGCCAUCACUGUGAUGGUGCGUCACAACACAAGUUUGACUGUUGGUAAAAUAGAGCUGCCACUUAACACCACAAAAAGCAACGACAAUAAUGUGCAAACUUUCGAUUGGGAUGAAAAAACACAGCAAAUGAUACUUGGAGCUUUCUUUUAUGGUUACGCAAUCAUGCCGAUACCCGGAAGUUGGUUGGCAGAACGUAUAGGCGGCAAACGAAUGAUUGGAUUUUCAAUUAUUUGUUCGAGUAUUCUAUCAAUCUUAAUACCAUGGGCAGCAGGAGUCAGUGUUGGCCUAGUUGUGAUAUUGCGAGGUUUAGACGGAAUGGUUCAGGGAAAUGUAAUACCUGCAACUGUCAUCUUACUGCAAAACUGGGCUCCGAAAGCUGAGUUAAAUACCAUAAUAUCAAUUGCUUUUGCAGGCAGUGUAGGCUUGAUUUUGGCUUUAUUUUGGACAGUGUUUGUAUACGAUACAGCAAACGAACAUCCAUGCAUAUCACAGAAUGAGCUCGCCUUGCUCGAUUCAAACCCAAGUCCAAUGGAAUCGGAUAUCAAAAUUAAAUCCGUUCCAUGGCUGUCCAUUUUUACCUCGCCACCAGUUUUGGCAAUCGUCAUAAGUUACUUUUCAUUCGACUUUGGCGUAUAUUUCUUCUUUACGGAUAUACCAACAUUUUUGUCCUCAGUUUUAGGAUACAAUUUUCAAACAGUUGGUGUUUUGGUUCUCCUAAUGUGUAUAUCUCAGUUUGUACCUGCUGUCCUAUAUGGGAAAUUCAUGGAUUUUCUUAUUCAACGUGAAUAUCUUAGCGCCUUAAAUACACGAAAAUUAUAUGCAGUUUUAUCACUUGGAAUACCAGCUGUCUGUCUUCUUGCUCUUGGAUAUGCUAGCAGUAAUGAAUACUUCAUGCAGUUUCUUAUUAUAACUACUUUUGGAAUUUAUGGAGUAGGGAAUUCCGUGCUUUCCAACCCGAUAGACCUUUCUCCAAUGUACUCUGGGAUAAUAACAGGUGUCGUAAUGACGAUAUCCAGUACUGCUGGUUUUAUUGGACCUUUCAUUGUUGGAUUAUUAACGCAAGAUAAUAAUGUGUUGGGACAAUGGUCCAUAAUGUUUACAAUAACUGCCGGCAUCCAGCUUUUUGGGAUGAUUAUUUAUCUAUUCUUUGCGCAAGUUGAAGAACAGGAGUGGUCAUGUACAGGAGCGGUUAUGCAUAAUGGUCAAAAACAGGAAAGGUCAAAUCUGAAAAUAAGUAAUGACGAAGAGAAAACAAGUUUAAUUAAUAAGAGAUAAUGCAGUUACACUAAAACUUGUUUGUUAAGAUUUUAGCGCCAGACGCAUGCACCAAUCCGAAAGCAAAUAGUGUAUAUUUUUUACUGGGUGUAGGCCAAAUAAUGAGUGCUUAGAGGCUCUGUUGGCAAUGAGCGCUAUGUAAGCCUAACAUAUUAUUAUAUUAAAAUAUAAUUUUUCCACUAACACGAUUUACACAUAUUGACAGAGGAAGAACAAUACAUGGCAGAAUUCAUUAUGAAAAAAAAUUGCAUUAGUACAGUUCAGUAUAAGGUAGCAGGGUGAUAAAGUUUAAAACUAGAUCAAUGUUUAACCGGACAGUGUAUCGGUGAUAUCAUACCGCUAGUUAAAAAAGUCAACAAUAGAUUGAAAAUAAUUGCGUACCGGCAAAUUAGAUACUUCAAGUCUAAAACAAAACAAUUAUCAUGUGUUCACUGGGGCUCUCAGUCAUAUUGGCUAUGCUAUCACAAGUUGGUAUUGGGGAGUUAUUAAUACUAAUAAGUUAAGAUUACAGUUUGUUCAAAACAAAAGUAUUCGUUUUAUUUCAAAGAAAGGCUCAUCAUUUUUUUGGUUAUAAGCCCACAAUAUUUACAGGAAAAUUUUACAAAACUUAGUCAUUCACAUAAUAGUAAAAUUUAAUAAUAGAAUUAUAAUAAAAAAGAUUUAAUCUUUUUAAAUUAUAAUUCUAUCAUUAUUUGGAAUAAUUUGUUCAAUAAGGUUAAAACUCAAAAUAAACUGUUAUACUUUAAUUGUAACGUUAAACAAUUUCUGAUUUGAUGGGUCUGUUAAUACUGUGUUAUGGUCUUGUUUCUGUUGUGGGGACAUCUACGGAAAAAAACCUCGGUCCUUAUAAGUCAAGUCCUUAUCCCCUGCAUUCCUUUCUUAUUUUUUCUGUCAACUGAAUUUUGUUUAUGUCUUGUUUUAUUAAUUGUAUUGUGAUGUAUUGGAGUUCCAUAAAUUACAAACAAACAUUUGCGUUCAGUAGUGGUGCAGUAUGCAGCAGGAAGUGAAACGCACCACUUCAGUGAGUGCCGCUGAUACAAAGGCAUAUUUUCACUAAAUAAUAAAAUAAAUAUAUAAAGUGAACUUGUGUACCUUAUCAAAAUUUAAAUCAAGCACUCCCCAAGGUGGCUGUCCCCUUGCUUGCUCUCACUGGUGUCUUCCCUGUCUUUAUCUUAACUGUUGUAAACAGAGUCUUAUUUAGAAGGUAAUUUGUUUUUUGUUUACAAUUAAAAUAAUGACUUAAAGUAUUUCAAAAAUUAUAAAGAGGUGGCAAUAUUCAAUACUGUGCUGUAAACAUAAUCCUGUAUCAUUACAUAUUUGUGCUUCACAAACAUUGACUGAUUAUACAUUACGUACUGACAGCCUUACGAAAUAUUGUCUAUGGCCGGGCCUUCCAACUAAGAAAGCCCUUUCGAUAUUGUUGGUAAGUUUGGUUUUAAACAGCAUAUUUAUUUAUUUUACCAGCAUAAAAUUUCGGUCAUAUAUUCAAUAUUAAAAAUUUCAGUCCCAUUCUCCGUUUAAUUUGUGGUUUACUGAUUUGCAUCUUAAGGUGGAACUCGUGUGGUAGUUUAGAAAAUCAUUAAAGUUGACAAAUAAAUGAAA